ACCAGUGUGCCUUGAACCUCGCGCACGAGCACUGUGAGCAGCGUGAGAAUUCCUCAAGCCUCUCAACGGUAACUAAGUGGCGCCACCAUGUGCAUUACGUUUCGUCCUUGCUCGGAGCCCGACCUUCCCGGAAUCUAUUGGCGGGAUGACGAUCAAUGGCGGCCCUACGAUCGCGCCACGUCCCGAGCGAUCCUCAAGGCGGCCUCGCUGGGCCUUAGCAACGUGAGCCUGGGGAUUUUCACGUCGAAUGUUUACCCCAGCGGCGCGACUUACACGCUGAACCUGCAGAGCCUGCAGCAGAGAAACUCCUCAAGCGGACAGCAGAGGCCAGUUCUGAUCAUUCCGAAACUGACGCUUACGCAACUGCGCGCAGCUGUGAUGACUCCUUCGGUGGUUUGGAGUCGUAUUAUCGAUGCAUUCACAACGCAGGCGUAUGUUCAGCACGUGGUUAAUCAGCGGGCUCAGAAGUGCAACGUGGUGGUGCAGCAGGUUCGCAGAAACCCCUACCUGACGCCGGGAUCUCCGCUGAUCACGCGAUUCCUCGCAAAGGCUCAGAGCCUGCCGGCUGAUUCUGCGCUAGUCAAAGGCCUGACCUACAUGGAUACCGCGGAAGGGGGGAAUCUGGAUUUUGCGUUUCACGGCACUCGGUCUAGCAGUUUUGAUCCUAUUCUGCGGAACGGGAUGUGCCCUACGAAACGCUCAAGCAGCCCACUGGGAGACUGGUUCACGCGCCAACUGGCCUCAGCAGCACAAUACUCCGCGCAGAGAGACGGUAGUCGCGGGUAUGGGGGGAGAAAGCUGAUCGCGUUUCUGCUGCUGGUGGAGAAGACAGCCAUUGUGCAGGAGAAUGGAGAUGUGAUUGUAAUGAAAGAUGCGAACUACCAGCUUCCUGUCGCGGAAGUGACAGUGCAGUAAGCUGAAUAGGAGCUCAUGUACAUAGGAGUAAGCUGAAUGGAUAGAGGACGUGUAUGAAUUGUUCCAAAUUGUACUAUACAUAUCAUAGGUGGAAACCUAGAACAAAUACUAGUUGGUUGUACUCACUAGAAGCAUACCUCAGUC